UCUUCUCUCCUCUCUUCUCAACCGUCUCUCUCUCUCUCUACUUCGGAGAUCUGGUGGUCGCCGUUGCCGGAGGAACGUUGACUCGUUGCCGGAGAAAAUGGAGAGUGAGACUAAGGAAGUGGCGAUUAGAGAAGGUGGGAAAGAGAGAAAGAAUGGUCCAGUGAUAGAGGAUGAGAUCGAGCGAAGCAAGGUCGGGAUCAUGAGAGCUCUAUGCGAGAGAGAAGAUCCUUCGACCAAGGAUGAGGAUGACCUGAUGCUCAGAAGAUUUCUCCGAGCACGUGACCAUGAUAUAGAGAAGGCUUCUAACAUGUUUCUUAAGUACAUAAACUGGAAGCGGACCUCCGUACCUAAGGGUUACAUAUCUGAACCAGAGAUUUCAAAUGAUCUUUCCCAUAACAAGGUGUGUAUGGGAGGUCAUGAUAAGCAGGGUCGACCUGUAGUAGUUGCUUUCGGGAGUAGGCAUAACCCCUCCAAAGGGAACCCGGAGGAAUUCAAGCGUUUUGUUAUUUACACUCUGCAGAAGAUAGUUGCCAGAAUGCCAAGGGGAGAAGAGAAGUUCAUAGCCAUUGGAGAUGUCCAAGGAUGGGGAUACUCCAACUGUGACAUCCGCGGAUACUUGGCUGCUCUAUCGAUAUUACAGGAUUAUCACCCAGAGAGACUGGGGAAGCUAUACAUAGUCCAUUCCCCUUACAUCUUCAUGACAGCUUGGAAGGUGGUUUACCCGUUCAUCGACAGCAAGACUAAGAGGAAGAUCGUUUUCGUGGAGAACAAGAAACUCACAUCUACACUGCUUGAAGACAUAGAAGAGGACCAACUCCCAGACAUCUAUGGAGGGAAAUUCCCUUUGGUUGCCAUUCAAGACAGCUAAAAAAAAAGGGCCAAGUUACUGAAUCCUCUGAAUUACUUCUCUUUCUAUCGAUUGAUAUUUUAUAGUUUUUAUUAUAAUUAUGGUCGGAAGAGACAUAUUUGCUAUUGUUAUUCGCUCUUCUUGCACAAUUUCUCUUUUUCCUUCUAAUACUUAUGAUAAUAUAAAUAUCA